AUGAAUUUCGAAUCGUGCAGCUUUAGGCAAAUUAAGAAAAUAGCGCGUGGAAGUUCGCGCAAUUUGUCCCAAAUGGUUAAAGUAGAUGAAUGUCAGCACACAAUUACAACUCAGCUUGAAAACUUUCAUCUAUCAAAGUCUGGACUCAGUGAAGCGGAACUAAUACUGUCAAGGGCCGGUCAUUUUGACCUUACGAAAGAUCAAGUACAACAGAUGGUAAUUUGCCCACAACAUGGGCAUAAACUCGGAAAAUUUUGGCGGCCACCUCGUUCUUGCCAGUAUCCAUCGCAUAGUGGACCAAGAAAAAAACAUUGUAACGAAAGGCAUGUAAUUGGUUUGGAGACUGCGAAGAACAUACAGUCGGUUUUUAAAGUCACCGUGGGAAUAGGAUCACGUAAGAAUUAAAAAUACCACGUGACAAGGCGGCCAUGUUGGGGGUCAAAACAAAAGAAUAUUUCCUCGAAGAAUUUACAUGAAAAUAGAUUUUAGUUCUCAGAGGAGAGAAAUGCUUUUGUUCUUGACCACCAACAUGGCCGCCGUGACGUCACGUGCAAACCAGCAAUACCGUAAAAUUCCGAAAAUAAGCCCCGGGGCUUAUAUUUUUCAAAGACCGUUUUUGAGGGGCUUAUAUGCGGAGGAAAAUUUGGGUGUCACAAUCGAUUGGGCUAGCCAUAGAAGUACAUUUACCGUUUUUGCUUUGUUUUACUUUGUAUUUAAGGGCAAUUUUCCAAGUACAAGCCCCGUGUGCCUUAUACCGGUAUUUGGCGGGGCUUAAUUAUACACGGAGGGGCUUAUUUUCGGAAUUUUACGGUAAUUUAAUUUCUUAAUUCUUAAUCAAGAUGAGUGUUUGUCUUCUUUGAGAAGACAAAGAGAAAAGGGAAAAAAUUUUGAUGAUAAUGAUAAUGACGACGACGAUGAUGAUGACGAAGUACUGUAAUUGUUACUGUUGUCAUAAAAAUUGCAAGAUCAUGAUGAACUCAGUAGUUCACUCAAUCUUUUCUAUUCAGCAAUAUGUGGGAAGUGUAGAAGGAAACAUAAGGAAGUGAUGGACAAAAGUAGGAAAUGGCUUAAGUUAGAUCCUGAUAAGGAAGAAGAAUGCGAUCCGCAUCACAGUGCUCCAGCUUACGGCUUAAGAAACAGGUAAACGAUCGUUGUUAGCGGCUAUCUACCUCUCCUUGUAGACGCCUGCAUUCUCCGUGUUGAUGAUGUAAAAAAUUGACCUCUGAACAAACCCCUUAAAGGUCUUGGGAUAUCUAAACACUGUUUUCUGAAAGAUCCGCAUUUGGCCCUUUCAGGACCAAAGGUACACACCGGGUUUACUAAAUUACGCGCUGCGGCAUAUAUCAUUCCGAUUUUGCGACUCAACUGCGGUGCUCAUUUGCGGAAUGCGAUUAUUUUGAGGGCGGCGUUUACUUAAAAAUGCUCAUAGAUUUAUAAAAAAAAUGGUUACUUUUGGCGGAAAAAAUGGGCUUGCUAACUUUCGCCGUUCCGAACUACAAAACAGUGCUAGGCAGAAAAAUUAGUUUCCCACACUGUUUUAGGAAGAGUGUCAUGUUCGGGUUGCGUUUUCUUGGGUUGCGUUUUAAAUAGGGGCAGCACUUCAUCAAGGGUGACGCAAUAUUGCGUCCAUAACAUAUGUCGGUUUACUUAAGAUGUCAUUUUCCAAAAGUGCCAAAAUGUUUUGUUUCCAACUCUUGGCGAACUGUAGUGCAGUGUUAACAAAACAAAUUUUAAAGACGCCUUUUAUUCUAUCAGGCUGCUAAAAGAAACUUUCGCGCCUGAGACCCCACAAACGGACAGGCUUGCAGGCGCUAACUGGACGCCUGGAUGUUGGAGUGGGGUUGGUAGUGGUAGUUCGCAGGAAGACGUACAUACAGACGAAAUUCCUGAAGUAUCCGAUGACGUCGUUGCUGCUUUUAACGAGGGAAUGGCGAAAAUAGCUAGACAUUCAAAAAGGGAAGACCUCACGCUACUAACAUUCCAACUGUCCACGACAUGGGAGGAAGCAAUACCGGAUGAAAGAAAAACUUGCAUAGAGAAAGCAACGAAAGCAUGUGAAGUAAUCUGCAGUGUUAUAGCUCUGAAAGACGGCGAAAAACUUUUUCAAGCGAUACACCAGCCUACCGCGAACGAUCUUGAUGAACCAACAGAGGAUCUUAUUGCCUUGAUGUCCGCAUAUCGAGAUGCCAUGACAAAAAAUGUUAAGAUUCAAAUACUCAGCAUCUACGCUUAUCGGUAUACCAUGAAGCUGUUACAGAAAUUCCACGAGCCUUAUGAAAAGAUAAGUUUGAGACAAAUAAAAAGGGCGAGAUCGCAUGCAAUGAGACGAGGGCCUGGGUCAAAUGUCCCGAAAGUAUUCAGCCAUCGAGUACGUCUGGACACAAACAAAGUCGACCACUUUAUAGAUUUUGUAGACCGUCCUUAUUUCUACCAAGACGUCGCCUUUGGAACGCGAACACUGACCUUAGCCGGGGGGAGGCAAAAUAACAAUGCCCAACGUAAUCCGGACCGUGACUAGAUCAACCAUGAUUAUGCAGUACCUUCAACAUUGCGAAGAAGAAUCAUUUGAACCGGCUAGCCGCUCAACCCUUUGUCGCAUUCUUGAAGUGAGAGAGGCUUCACAGCAGAAGUCUCUCAGUGGUCUGGACAACAUUGCAGCAGAAGGGGUCACAUCUUUUGAGCGGCUGUUGAGUAUUCUAGAAGAGCUGAAUCAGGCUGGUGCCGACAAAAGAAGAGUUACAGAACUGGCAAAGAAAUUGAACGAUGGGAAAAGAUACCUGAAGACAGAGUUUAAAGUGAACUGUUCAGCAGAGGAGAGUGAGUGCGCAGACCACUGCAGAAAAUUUGCGUUAAGCGAUUCAGUUGAUCCAUGCUUCAACCAUCAGUGCUCACACUCACACAAUACGGUGUGUGAACAAUGCGAACAAUUGAAGGCAACGUUAGACGAGAUGGAAGAAAGUAUAAAGAAACACUCCAGCCAUCUUUACAAGAAUUGCAUUUUUCUUUGGAAAUCUCAUGCCUUACGCUCUGUCAACCAAGAAUCUGCUAAACAAGAAGCCCUCCAAAGUCUUGACAGUCAGUCAGUCCUUGUUGUUAUUGACUGGGCGAUGAAAUUUCUUCAAAUGAAAUACAGAGAGAAACAAAGUGAAUGGUUUGCUAAAAGAGGCCUUAGCUGGCAUAUAAGCAGUGUGAUCUCAAAAGACCAAGAAACGCCGAAAGCUAAGGUCCUGUCAGGCCUACUCUGGGACCUAAAGUCGCCCAAAGUCGCCUAAAAUCGCCUUAAGUCGCCUAAAGUCGCCUUAGGUCGCCUUUAGUUUCCUUAAGUCACUAAAUCAUUCAAAUCUUAACGAGGUUCAAAUUGUCUUGUAGUUAUUACUUUUUUAGUUUUCUAUUUCCAGAAUGCAUGAUUUCUCAUAAAGUGUGUAAUAACCCGUGUUCAAUAAUAUUAGCCACAGACCCACCCCACCCCCCACAAAAAAACUCCCACGGUGACUUAAGACCCAUUAAUUUCUUCUUCAGCCCUCUAAUCUAUACAUUUAAUUACUUUGCACAGUUUACUACACGCAAUGAUUAGUCGUAAGCAAUACAAGAAUAAUCAUUCCUGUAUUGUUUAUGCAAAAAUGACAACAUAUAGUACACAACUUUAUCCAGUCACUUGUACAGGUAUUUUAUUAAUUUCAUCCGGGAGGUUUGUCUCAUAUUUCUGAGUAAAAAUAUUGUUUAAAAAGGCAUUCAAAGGUUCAAGUUCUAGCUAAAUUACAUUAAACAAUGUGCAAAGAGAGUAGACAGAGUAGUGCCCAGGCAAUAGCCCUGGGGUACUGGAUUUUAUGAUUGGGCUAGUGAACUGCGUUUUUAACUUGCCUGGAGCCCGUUUCUCAAAAGUCCCGAUAAUCAACGGGCCCGAUAAGCUGUCUCCCUUUACAUUCAAGAUAGAGGUUUCAAUAGUUUUGCAUCUAACAUGAUAAAACUGUCAGUUAAUGAAACAAAAUGGAGUUGUUUUCUAGCCAGGACCCGCGCUCUUAUUCUUUAUAUUUCGAUUUGAAUGUUUGAUUUCGGGCCCGUAAAGUUACCGGGACUUUCGAGAAACGGGCCCCUGGCUGGAAAGUAAAGUUUUUUAGGGAAUGCAGAUUACAGAAGAACUGUAAUCAGUCCCAUUCAUAAAAAAAAAUUGGGGUUAGUCAAAAUGGCUUUCAGGCUAGUGUAUGCUAGGCAAGCUGUAAAGCUCAUUUUCUUUGCACCCUGAACAAAAUAUAACUUAAAAAGUGAGUCUCUUUUCUACUGCUUUGUGAGAGUCCAACAUUGAAAGACAUUUCAAGUAACUAAGAUCAAUACAGGUAGGUUGCAGGGAGAAAAAAAAACAAUUAUUGCCGCCACAACAUUAAUCUAAAUUUUCUGGUAGUUAAUACAAGUCUAAAGGUCAAUCGAAAAAAAUGUCCAUGUAAAUUACCGACCCAGAUUUUAAGAGCAUUACUAAUGAUAAGUUUUUUCUCCAGCACACAACCUCUGAUCUGUAUUUACCGUCGAAUUAUAUCCAUCUAUCAUUGACAGAAACACAAUCACUCUUAUAAACUUGAACACUUAGCUUAGCUUGACCAGUCGUCUCUUUAGGUCUUUCCUUCCAGACAGAAAUUCAAGCUUUGUAGCUUUGUACAUCGAAGGUGCGUAAAACUGCUCUUUGUUUAUGUUGUCGUGAUAGCUCCCUGCCGAACGAUUUGAUGUAAUCGACCAUUAUUGAUGAAGAACGUAGAAAAGCGAAAUAAUACUGUUAUUUCCUCCACGUUAUGGCCGCCCAGAAAGUAUUGUGUUUUGAUCACGUGACUAACUGGUCUGGAGGCGGGAAGAGGGCGGGACCGAGAAACAAUGGAAAUUAGCUUGCGACUGCAGUGGCAUUCUGGGAGAUGCAAAAUGGCGGAUAGAAAAGUGCUCUUGUUUGUUGUCAAUUGUACGUCGCGCUUUCGUUUAAAGAUCUCCUUUUAAAUGAAAAUUUCUGACAUAAUGAUGGAAACGUUUACACUUGGUACUGCCAUCGGUUUAAACAUGAGGUAUAAUGCUUCCUUUUGUGCUGAGAGCGUAAACGCUGGCGCGUUGAACAGACCGAGCGAGGUUGGUUGAAGCUAAGCUUAGUUGUUUCUGCUGGUGCAUAAAUGCACUCAUGAAAUCAACCCGACUGGAAAGUUUCCAGAGAGACCAUGGAUAAGGGAGUACGGUUCACUAGUGAAGCAAGCAUUUGGAAGUGUUUUGUUUGACUGAGACAGAAAAGGAGCAAUAUAUAUAUACGGCGAGAACUACAAACUUUUUGUUUUGAAUUCAAUUGGAAAAACAUCCUCUUAGCCAAACGUGUGGGGACAAACAUUGGCAGAGCAACUGCCAAGACAUACAAUGGGGAUCGUCAUUUCCAUAAUGUGCGAUAUCGAUAAGUGAUUUUAGGUGUUUUAAAUUAAUUACUUAAAUAUUUGUUGUCAAAUUAUGAAAAAAAAAGACACUGUCAUAUAAAGUUUUCGCUACAAACCAGCUUACAGUAUUUUACAGAGAUGUAUUGAAAUACUCUACUUUUAGGGUUUUAUUUUUUGGAAAAAGAAAUGCAGGAACCUUAGAUUUUUUGUCCCUUAUAUUAUAAAAUAAUGCAUUUAAAGACCAAGAGAAAAUUUACCCUUUUGGUUGCUUCUAACUCAGAUUUUGUCUCUGUUAAUGUAAUACUAAACCAAUACCCUUGAUAUUAGCCUGUGCCACGGAUGGAACUAAACUCUGGGUCAAGUCCAUCUGCAAAACAGCGGCAAAAUCCUAGUUCUGGGCCCCCUGUGUGUGUAUCAGGAUUAGAGAACAUGCCAGGACUGGACUGUUAAAAAUGCCAUUGUCCACUUGCCAAUCAUGUUGAAGGAAAACUCAAAUUGCUGGUAAUUCAUUUAGUCCUUCAGGGCCCAGAACAAGGAUAUUAGAGCUGCUUCGCAAAUGUUACUAACCAGGGUUAGAAUACACCUGCAACACAAGCUACCUUGAUAUUUAAUGUUCAAAAUUUUAGGUGGCUGAGAUUGUUGAAAAUGUGGAAGACUAAUGUAGAUGUCUUCAAGACGGAAUUAACUUAUGCUACAACAUUGUGUCCCUAGAGAGGAAGACAAGUGUUAUCAGAUUUUGAUUUUGUCUAUGUUGUAUUUCCUUUUUUAUUUCAGUUAAUUUUUAUUUCUCCAUCGUUUCUGGGUAUGGUUAUGUAUGCUAAUGAAUUUAAAACAAAGGAAAACCAAAAAUUAACUGAAAUUAAAAAUUAACUGCAACAUAUUCACUAACAUGUUACUCACCUAAAUGUCUCCUUUUUCUCCUUAAGUCGCCUAAAAUUGUCUUAAAUCGCCUAAAGUCGCCUUAAAUCGCCUUAAGUCGCGCAACAUUUUGACCAAAUUUUCCUAAAGUCGCCUAAAAUUACGGCGACUUAAGAUCCCAGAGUAGGCCUCCUGUCUUAUGCCCAUUUAUUAGAUUCGUGUUGUCAAGAUUGGUAUGCGGUUGUAUCUAUUUUAGAAAAUCUUUUUCAAAACAUCAAAAUAAAUUUUCCAAAUGUUAAGCACGCAUUUCUACGUUCUGACGAGGCUGGCUGCUACCAUUGCAAUCACCUAAUAGCAGCAGUCAAAGAGAUUGGAGAUCGAGUGGGAAUUACAGUUGCACGUUAUGAUUUUUCAGAACCCCAGCAAGGAAAGGAUGUUUGUGACAGGGUGCUUUGUCCCAUGAAAGCAGCCAUAAGAAAGAAUUGCGCGGAAGGCCAUGACAUAAUGAACGUAGGAGCAAUGCACGAGGCCCUUAAGGAACGGCCUGUCAAAGGAACGACAGCGGCUGUAGCCAUUUUGGAUGAGUCACCCAAAAUUCUUAAGGUUCAGAAGAUAAAACAAUUUAGUGAGUUACACAACUUUAGAUAC